CUCACAAAUGGGCCUUCCACCCAUGUCCCUGUUGUCUCCUUGUGUCUCUCGUUGUCUCUUAUCCUGGGGCUCCAGUCGCCGUUCUCUAUUAUAAUGAAGGAAGAGCCCGGUGUUAUGCCACCGCGAGCGCACUCCUUCUUGCUUGGGCUAAGUUUGUGUUUUCAUUUGGGAACGCCUGUCUGCUUUCUGGGAAGUACCAAGCGAGUCUUUGCAUUUCGGCGUCACCCUGUCCUCAUGUCUACUGCAGAGAGCAAUUCUAUGUGUCCUGACUUUGUCAGUCGUUCAUUGCCUGUUAUUUUAUCGUCGUGCAUAGCAAAUAGGAGCGUAGUUGGUAGUCUCAUGGGCUUACACUGCCUGGAACUUGGUCCCAACUUUCGGUCUAGUAUCGUUAUUGCGUCUAGUUACAUAAAUAAUACAUGAACAGCAUGUAUCCGUCCACUCAAGGACGCAUUUAUUGCUUUGGAUAUGCAAAGUGCCAAUAAUCCGAUCCCAUGUCGUUAAUGGCUCCCGUCUCACGCCGGCUUUGCCACCUUCCUG